AGAGGUAAAAGGGGGAGGUGAGUAAAACUGAAAAGGGGCAGAACACACAUUCACCGUCUCACACAGACAGACCCACCGGAGCACAGGUGGUUCUGCGUUGAAAUGGGCGUGACGAUUGCAUAACUUAAGCCCUGUGAUCUGAAGUUCACGGACAUCAACAUUUCUAAAACAUGAACAUCUGAAAGGUGGAACUGUUGACCACAGAUUUCAAGUAUUCUUGGUUUGAGUAGUUCCAUAUACUUCAGUAUUAAUCAGAACUACUUUCCCUCUAAAUUGUGGUUCUGUGAAUAAACAAAGAAAGAAAUUGAUUAUCCUGCCUACAGACACUGUAUCUGGCUUUAAUGUAUACGAAAUAAACCAGGAAACCAGAAUAAAGAGACUUUAAUUGAAUACAUCAGAGCUCUGAAUACAAAACAGCCUGUGGAAUGACCUUUGCAAACUGAAAUGUUAUUCUUCGCAUGCACCUAACAGCAGGAAGCUAUAUAUAUACACAGUUCCCUUUCACGUCACUGCAGAGUUAUGACCUCCAAGAUAAAGGGCAGAUCCCUUUCUCCGAAAGAAAAAUAAUCUGCAGGCUGGAGAUUGGGAUGCAGACGAAAAGCAUGUUUUUGUGACAAGAAAUAGCAGAGGUGGAAGAGCAACAUCUGGGGAAAAAAAAAAAGAGAAAUUAGAGCGAUGCAAAAAGAAAAGACUUGAGUGUUUCUCAGCUCACUUUGCCAGAUUUUUAACAGAGCACAACAAACUUAUGAAAUUUUUGUGGAAGUUGUCCAUGGGAACUCGUCCAAGGCACAUCAGAGUUGACCCUCCUGGGAGGUCCUAUUAGACCGAGAAUAAUACUUCAUGAAGACUAAAGUUAGAGCGCACUUCUUCCUCUUCUUCUGACGACAGGACAACAUUUGGAAGGAUUAUUGUCGAAAUGGGAUCCACAGCCGGAAGCAGAAGCCUGGAAAGCUGAACAACUCCUUUUCUUGUCCCCUUUUGUGUGCUUUCUUGUAUAUCUGAACUAAUUCACUGCCUGCCAAUAAGGACGGAAACUUCCAUUUUCCUUCUGGACCACAAUUUCAUCUUAUCGAGUGAGGAGAUUGAGCCGACUGGAACUAAACCCUCACACAUCCCCCUGCUGAGGGCUUUUGUUUCUGCUGCAGCUGAGGCAUUUAACCGGGAGUAGUGGUGGAGAUGGAGAAGGGACAUGUGCCAGUUAGGAGAGGGGUAAGCUGGAGUCCAGGAGGAUUGAGAAAACCUCUCCAGGCAGCACAAAACAUGCACGUCCCUGGGACCGAAUUCAAUGCAUCAUGGGAGAAGACAGGAUUCAACUCAGAACAGAUGAGCCGCAAAACAAAUCUGACCCGUAGCGCCAGUUUAUCAGAGAAGGAGCUUAAGGAGGCCCGUGUGAGGAGUCAUAUUAUUGCUGCUCAGCUCACAAUCCCUUCAAACUCCAGCUCCAGAGGCGUGCAGCUCUUCAACCGACGCAAGCAUAGGGUGAAUGCCUUCACGCUGGAAAGCUGCGGCGGGGGUUCAGAGGAGGACAGAGCUGAGAAUGUGAAAACUGACUCCUCAACUAACCAUCUAACAUGGGCAGAAAGGAGUAGUGAGGAGAAGGAUAGAGACCUAAACUUUAAAAAUAGCGCUACCAAUUUGGCACCACCUGGGACGGUACAUUCAGUAAGUGAUCUGAUGGAGGACCCAGGUAAAGAUUUCCUCAAAGAAGAGGACAUGGAGGAGCGUCUUAUCCAGGAAAGACAUUUCCUCCCUGUCAAGGAAGAGCAAGAGGAAGAGGAUGAGGCGAGAGAUAAAAUCAAUGAGCCUGUGGACAAAGUCAAGGAAGAGAUUCCCCAUGGAGGUAAUAAUACCCAUCCAGUUCUGAUGAAACCAGUAGAGAUAAAUUGGGGCCAAUCAGGGCCAGUUCCUCCUGGAAAGCUUCCUAAUGGUUGCCACAGUAAUUCUGGACCUGACAGGGCGUCUGUGCCCACAUCCAAGCAGACAAGCACCAUCAUCAAUCGUACUGCCAGGCCCUUUUUCUCGCCGCCGACAGUGCAGUCUCCAGGGACAGUCAACCCCAUCGUGGACAUUCCCCCUCCUCCUUCAUAUGCCACUCCUCCUCUCCCCUCCCAACCUGUUGCUUUCUCCCCACUUCCUCCACCUCCAUCAUAUCCCACACCUCCUCUACCCAGCUUUACAAACCAACCGAUGUCGCCUGUCAUGUCCCCUUCAUCUCCUCCACCAGCCCAGUUCUCUUCUGUAUCCCAUUAUCCGCCCAUGCCCCAUUACGGCCCUCCAACAGCCCCAAAGCCCUCCACCUUUGUUCCUCAGCCUGCCGGAGAAAGAAAGCAGAUGAUUCAGAUCAAAACAGGAAUACUCGAGGAGGGAGCUUCUAGAAGGGCAAAUAGGAAGUCAAUGUUCACAUUCAAAGAGAAGCCAGUCGUGGCUCCGAACCCUGAGCUGCUCUCAUUGGUGCAGGGGACAGAUGAAAGGAAGAAACAUGGACUCAGAUCUGUGCCCGAGCCAGCGUCCGAGGAAGAGUUGUUGGCGCUCGGUGCAGAGGCCUCCAACUUUCUUGCAAAAGAGGAGGACAGGGCUGAGGAGACCAGAGCUCCGGAGUGGGCUUCGUGUCUCAAGAGUUCCAGAACCAGGCCGAGGUUGGAGCACAGGCCAGAGCACACCCUCACUAAUGUUUCAGGGAAGGGGGCGGAGCUGUUUGCCAAGCGACAGUCAAGGAUGGAGAAAUAUGUCGUUGAAAACCAAAUUUCCGGACAAAUUAGGUCUCCCUCUCCCACUAUGUCUCUGCCACCAUCUUGGGUGUACCAAUCAAACAUGCCUGGCAGAGUAAAGGCCAUUGCCAAAAAUUCUGACAUGAGUGCUCAGCUUUCACAAAAUCUGAAGGCCCAACAGGCAGUCAAGCAGAAACCAAGACAGAAAGCCCCUGCACCGGAGCCUGUUCCUGAGCCACCUCCUUUAGAAAACGGCUGCUCCAAGAUAGAGAUGGACCUGUCAAGGCACCGGCCAUACCAGCUGAACUCUUCCCUCUUCAUCUUUAACCCAACUAAAGACCCUCUUAGCACCCUGCCCAGAGGAGCACCACAGUCCAAGAACCUGACGUCCACCCAGUCGUUCUCCAGACAGACUUCCCUCCCUCAUAACCCUCCUUCUCAUUUCAGAACCCAGUGUUUGUCUCCACAGCUGCCUCUCAGCCCCGCAGGAGGAUUAGAGUACCCUUCAAAAACAGCAUCUGGGCAGCCGAGGAUCAGUUCUCCAAUGUCUGCCUUCUCUCCAGAGCGGAUGUCAUCUCCACGGUCGGGGGUCCAGGCACCCAGGCCAACAUUUUCUGCCAAGAAGGCAGGGAUCGCAGCCCAGACGCCACAUGACUCCCCAGCUAAAACUCCAGCUCAGACUCCAACGCCAACCUGCACGCCAAGCCUUACCAGACGGUUCAGCAGCCAUGAAGGCCCUGCCCCUACAACCUGUCCUGCUAGCCUCCAAACCAGUCAACCAUCCACCACCAUCUCCAGUCGCUCAGUUACUUCCCCUUUUUUUUCUCCCAGGGGUUCAAGAUGCCAAUCUCCUAUAGCCAGUCAGAAUACCCAACUUUCAGCUGUUAACUCCCCCCAAACAUCUACAGUCACCUCUCCACGCUCUCCUCCUUGGGGCUCAGGAUGUCAGUCCCCAAUGCUGAGCCAGAACAACCAGUCCUCCCACAACUCAACCAAUCCUGGUUUCAGACCAACCCAAACUUCUAAAACUACUUCUCCUGUUUCCCCCCCCUGGGGUUCAAGAUGUCAGUCCCCAAUGGUUAACCAGUAUGCCCAGUCUUCCACUGUUACCUCAAUUCCCACAUCCAGACCCUCACAAUUCUCCACAGCCACAUCCCCACGCUCUCCUCCUUGGGGAUCAAGAUGUCAGUCCCCUAUGGUGAACCAAAAUACCCAGUCUGCUACCACUGGUAACAGACCUUCCCAAACUAGUACCACAAGUUCUCCUUGGGGAUCCAGAUGCCAGUCCCCAAUGGUAGGCAAUACUACCACAUCCAGACCUCCCCAAACAUCUUUUGCCACAUCGCCUGUCUCUCCUCCUUGGGGCUCUCGUUCCCAGUCUCCUGCACUCUCGCAAACAAGUUUAUCCUUCUCUGCCACUAAGCCUCAGUACACAUCCUCUGUUUCUACAUCCAAAGACAGUCGCUGCAUGUCCCCAAUCGUCAAUAACCUAGACUCUAAAGCCAAUCAUCGUCUCCUGGCAAAGAACAUCAUUAAUGCAGCCAAACGUAAAAACAGUCCUUCCCCUGGAGCACUGAGCGGUCAAAGCCUUCCAAUCUCACCUUUGGGAAAUUCCCACCAUGGCUACGACUGUCACAAACCGCCCAUCAGCCCCUUCCAGUCACGAUCAUUGGGGGCCCAGUCCCCGGCCUUCACCAGCCCUCCUGCCACCCCAACGCAGAGGAUCUGCUCUCCGGUGAGGCUGUACAACACUCGCUCUCUCACUGACUCUGAUGCCUCUGUUGAGUCUGAAGACUCGGGCCUCCGAUCACCCGGCUUCCACUCGUACAACACCUGUCCCAGAGGCUGGGGCGGGAGCCUGAGGAUGAAGAGAAACACUGUCUCCACUGACCUGUGAGGAUGCUACAGGCUGAUUGUUAAAUCAUUAUUUCAGCCUUAUAGACUUUUGUGGCAUUGGAUCAACCAGUGAAAGCAUUUCUGGUGGCAUUUUACAAGCCUAAUAUUAGACAAGUUACCUUUCUGUAACUUUCGAUACCAACCAUGGACAAUGGCAUAUGUUUUAAUGAGGUAGUAUUAGUAUAUUAUAUAUCACUUACAUUUAUAAUAGAGACUGACAAGAACAAGCUUUUUACAAGACGCAGUUACCAAGGCUUGUCUGCUUGAUUACCAAAAAGUGCAAAGACUCAAAAUAACCAAAGAUAUUUUAAUUUUAGUUCAAUGAAUGUUAAACUUUCCUCACUUUCAGAGUAAAUUAAUUUUCCUUUUAUUUGGUGUUUCUAUGCUUGUCAGUAGGAGGAUACUUAAAAUGUUAAGGCAUAGAAAGGACAUGAAAUGUAGGACAUACGAUUUGUAUAUACUUAGCUCAUGAACACAUUGAACACAUUCUUAUUCAUUAUUACAGUAAAGGAUCAACUAUUGCUAUAUAGUUAACAAUUAUUUAGAUCACACUGCAAAAUAACAGUUGGAUACAUGCUAUUAUUAAUAUCAUACACUGUCCACUGUCACCACACUUUUUCUAUUUCAAUCAAUGCCAAAAGACACAUAAUAAUUGCACUGCAAUAAUCCAAUUUAACACAGUGUAAAUAUGUCGCUUUAUUUACUGCAUUUGCUCAAAUGAAUGUGAGCUUUACAGACAGAUUGACAGAGCAUGAGCGGAAAGGAGAGCCUGUGUCUGAAGAGAUAAUAAGUGGUUCGAUGGGGCAUUAAUGUUCAAUCAAACACUGUUUCAGUAGAAAAAGAUUAAAACGUUUUUACUAGCAUUUCAAAAUUGAUGACACGCAGUUUGGUUAACAAAUGUGAGAGGUUUAUAUGCAAAUGAAAUGGCCUAUUGAUUGUAAUAUUCAUAUUGGAGGUUUGGGUUUGUAUGCCUAAGUUGUGUUUGCUUUAUUUGGACCACACAUGGUUGUUCUUUUUUAUAUUGGUAAUAUGAGGAACAAGUAAAGAUAUUUUGUGCCUGUACUUAUUGUACAAAGUGCCUGUUUGGAUGAGGUUUAAAAGCAAAUGUGUGUCAUGUCAAAACAAGGGGAGAGGGUUACGGUUGGGAUGAGGUUGAAAGAGGUUUAAAGAAUGUUGAAUGUUGGGAAAUAUGAAUCUUACUGUUUGUGAGAAAAAGAGCAGAGGAAUUGAUUGUAUUUUAAAUACAUGCAAAACUGUAAUGUACAUUCUGUUUAACUUUUAAAGUUUGUUUAUACUUGAUUUGCACUUUUAUUCAUUACAUUUCAUUAGCUUAGUUUGCAUUCCUUAAACGUUAAUCUUUAAACAUUUAAAGUAGAAGAACAUUCCUGCACAAUACAGCAUGUUGACAAGAUAACUGCUAAUACCGAUCUGCUGCCUUCAAACCACAGUAACCUUUCACUAACAAGUGUGUAAGCCUGUGUCCCAGCACACAAGGCACCAUUCCUUCUCUCCUGGGCAUGUAGGCCAAAAGCAUCAGCACAUUUCUAAAUAUUUACUCUUGUGUGUCUGUUGAGUGACGGGGACACCUGCUACAUGGGGACCUGGCUCCUUCAGCAGGAUUUAAGCCUAUCACUGUCAUGGAUUGGUUUCAACCUGGGACACGUCUUGACAAGCUAAACACUGCUGACAUCCUCAAACACAGAAAAUAAUCAUCACCUUUCAGUUUUGCUAGCAGAUUUCUUCUUCUGUGUUUACACGACUCCAUACAUCGAUUUUUUUUUUCUUUCAUUUGAUAACUGUAAGUUGCCUGAAAAUGAAUGCAGAAUAAAAAGCGAUGACACGCCAAUUUAAA